AUGCUUCUCUUACCCCCAUACUUGCUUUCGCUCUUGGUCCAAGCAUCGCCAGCCGCCGCGGCCGCGGAGCGCUCCCCCACCGCCCUGCGCAAACUCGCGCCCGACGCCAACGAAAAGCUGUUUCCCGAGCACCUCGCCUUUGCGGCUCUGACCUUUGACGACGCCUCCCUCGCUGCGCGCCAGUUCCUCGAUGCCCAGGACGCCCAAAGUCUGUUCUCCGAUACUCGUCCGCUCCGACCGUACCGUCCCGCGUUCGCCAGCCACCUCGCCGACACCAGCAGUAGUAGCCAUCAUGCCCUGCGCCGUGGCGCCGCCGAGGCUCUGGCUCUGCUGCAGCGCCGCGCCGGCGCCGGCUCCUGCCCGAGUGGCAUGAGCGGGUGCUCCGCCAUUGGGCAGCCCAACAAGUGCUGCCAGGACGGCACCGUGUGCACGCGCAUCGACGACGCCACAGUUGGCGGGAUCGCGUGCUGCCCCGUGGGUUCCUCGUGCGGCGGCCGCGUCGGCGCCUGCCCGUCCGACGCCGCGAGCUGUCCGGCGGAUCUGGGCGGCGGGUGCUGCAUCCCCGGGUACGUGUGCCAGGGGCUGGGUUGCGUGCCGAGCGCCUCCGCCACGAGCAGCACGCCGACGCCGACACCCAAGCCCACGCCCACGCCCACGCCCACGACGACGACGAUAACCAGCACCCAUACGACGUGGGUAGACGGCGCGCCGUCUACCGUCAUUGUCACACAAACCGUCACUUUGACGUCCUCGCACCCGCCCACGACCAGCACCACGACCGUCACGGAGACCGAAACUGGAGGCACCGUCACAGGCGGCGCGCCGUGGCGGCCAACAGGCACAAUGUCGGAGUCGGGCACUUCCACGACGACAGCAGAGGACACGUCAACGCAGGACGGGUGCCCGACGGGCUUUUACGGGUGCCUGGCCACGCACGGCGGUGGAUGCUGCCAGACGGACCGUGACUGCCGGACUCGCUCGUGCCCGCCGCAGGCCUCGACGACGGUCUUCUCCGACGGCAAGACGGUCGUGGUGCCCGCAUCGGAUGUGCCGUCGACGGCCACGUCGACGUGCGCCGCGGGCUGGUUCCUGUGUGGCAGCGACGCAGGGGCUCGUCCGGGGUGCUGUCCGAGCGGCUACGAUUGUGGUCAGGCGAGCUGUUUCAGCGUGUCGACCUCGCACACAGGGUCGGUGCAAAAGGAGCAGCCAAAGAAAGAUGUGGCUGUAGUAAGCUCUGCCAGCGUGCUCAUGACAUUAUGUGUUGCUGUGGCAGUCGCUGCUUGUAAUGUUAUGGUGCAAUGA